AAGAGUUUCCCACCCACUGCGUAGUGAAAAGCGAAGAAACGUGUCCGAGGAAAAGCGAACCGUGCACCCUUUUUGUGGACAGCAAAGGCUGAGAAACGCCGAAAUUCCAGACUGUUGAGAGCAGGAUUCAGGAACCAAGUUAAAUUCCCCAUUCUCGCGAGUGUCCGCAGUUUCGUUGGCCAUCGUCGUGUCGGGGUGAAGCGAAGAAAAGGGUUGCGAGGGCGAUGAGCCGUGUCCUCCGUGCGGAUCAUGAGUGAAAGGCACCUCCGGCCAGGGUCCAUCAACAGCACCACCAGCAGACGAAACAAGGACUGGAGUGGGUGCAGUAAAAGGAAGAAAAUCGUAGUAGCCUCGAUCGCAGUUGCUUCGGUUUGCUAAAUCGCUCCCGUCGUCGGAACACACAGGAAUCCCAUUCGGAUUCGGAUUCCCUUCCGUGCGGCUUUCCAUUCGUCUGUCGGGCCGUGAAGGAAGCGGAGCGGAGAGGAAGGUCCACGGCGGAACCGUAAUUCAAUUAAUGAACUAACUGUAACCACCCCUUUCCCACCGUCGUGCACUGACGGAGAGAGAAACGCCAAGGCAGCAGCAGCAUCGCGAAAAUCAAAACGUACAAGAAAACAUGAAAGCGAUCGAAGCGAAGAUUGUCGUGCUUGGAUCGCAAGGUGUUGGCAAAACGAGUCUCGUCGUGCGUUACGUAUCCAAUGUAUACACCAAAGAAAUCUCGCCCACCAUCGGGGCUUCGUUUUUCACAUGCAAAGUAAAUUUGGAAGAUUUCAAAGUAAAGAUGCAGGUAUGGGACACGGCAGGACAGGAGCGGUUCAAGGCGAUGGCACCACUGUACUAUCGCAACGCCAACGCGGCCCUGCUCGUGUUCGACCUCACGCAGUACAACUCCUUCAACGAUAUUAAGAGCUGGGUACAGGAGCUGCAACGUAACGUGCAGGAACCGAUGGUACUGUCACUGGUAGGCAACAAGCUCGACCUGGAAGCGAAACGGGCCGUCUCCCGGGAAGAAGCGAUGCUGUAUGCGAACUCGAUCGGUGGCAACUACUUCGAGACGUCUGCGUUGCACGAUCAGGGUAUAGAGCAAGUAUUCAUAUCAAUAGCGGUAGGAUUAAUUAAAUUGUCGGGUGAAGACGUGUGUUCCUCGUUGAAGCGAUACGAAUCAAAUGACUCACUCGUGCUCUCCGGUUACUCCACACGUGUGAACGGUGUGGUGCAAAUGGGCAUUCCCGUGGAAAGUGACAGCAUCCUUAGCGAUGGUACCGGCCGACUGGAAACACCGUCCUGGAGCCGGGAUCAUAUAGCGCACGGGGAUGAGCAGCGCGUCGGAUGGUGCUGCUACUAAUCGCCCUCCACCGGAAUCCGUUGCCCCGCCCCCGGUUACGCCGGUUCGAUCGUAAUUCCUCUAUUUUUGACACUUUUGCUCGAUCGACACGGAGCGAGGCCGCACGAUAUGCUCAAGUUUUGAAGAGAUUUGUGAUAGCUUUUUAUAUUUAUAUUGAAAGACAAAGAACGACACACGGCUGUCAAUACAUUCGCUUUGCGACAAGGAUACAUAUUACUACUAGGGCAUUCAAUUUCAUUGCGUGGCGUAUCCGUAUCGUUCGCUCCCCUCCAGCUAACUACCGCGCUCUACACAGCCACACAGCCUUGCCAGUCUUGCGUAAUUGCAUAUUCGAUCGUGCUUCCAGUGUUCGAUACCAGAAACCCAGGGCGCGAUUCGGAGUAGUAAAUGAGAAUGCGAAAUCAUCCAGCUGAUACGGUAGAGUGUAGUACUUACUAGCAAUAACGCUGUGACACUUGAUACGAUCUCUUCACGCACGCGCCAAUAAGCGAUCCAAACCACCCCCGCGUGCUUCGUUCUUUCAUUCUUUUCCGCGUUGGAAAGUCUGGUGGCUGCUUUUGUGAUCCAGUGGAACAAAACACACAGACACCACAGGCCACACAGGGCCCUCCGUUCGAGGCGAGGCGUGCUACAGGUUUCUCGAUUUCAGUGGACCUCGCUGCUCUACGAAGACAGACAUUCAUCGACGAAUAUUUACUUGUAGGAAUACUAUAUUUAGUUAAGCGAAAGUCAAUUAUUACGAAAACUUUUCCUUCCGUCCCCCGUCUUCUUUCCUUCUCCCUCUCUUUCUCUUUCUCUCGGUCACCGGGAUGACCUCGCGUAUUGUUUUGCAUUUUCAUUCCAAAUCAUUUAAUUUCUUCAUUUCUCAUCGUCUUCACAUUAUUGUUUUAAAAUAAACUAUUUUUUGAAGAGCUUUACUACUGU